ACUAAUUGUGUGUUUUCUUUCUGAUUCUUGAAUACUUUGGAUGAUCACACUGUGUGGAUCAUGGCUGGGUUUUUUUCCUCUGGGCUGUGGAGGUAUAGGAAUUACAUCGUAAUAGUCCUGACACCUCUUUUACUUCUGCCUCUGCCCCUGAUCGUCCCGACCCCGGAGGCAAAAUGUGGCUUUAUAAUAAUCCUCAUGGCGCUGUACUGGUGCACAGAGUGUAUCCCUCUGGCUGUGACCGCCCUGCUGCCUGUCAUUCUCUUCCCCAUGAUGGGCAUCAUGGAAUCAGGCGAGGUUUGUAUCCAGUACCUCAAAGACUCCAACAUGCUCUUUAUUGGUGGGCUGCUGGUGGCCAUCGCUGUCGAGCACUGGAACCUGCACAGGAGGAUCGCCCUUCAAGUGCUGCUUAUUGUGGGCGUGAAACCAUCUCUCCUGAUGAUCGGUUUCAUGAGCACCACAGCCUUCCUGUCCAUGUGGAUCAGCAACACAGCCUCCACAGCCAUGAUGCUGCCCAUCGCCAACGCUGUGCUGCAGCAGCUGUGUGACACAGAGGCCAACGCUGAGGAGAGGGAUUACAACCAGGGCAGUCAGGAUAACGAGUCAUUCGAGAUGGACGACACCAAAGAGAGCAAAGAGGUCAAACCAAAGGACAGCAGCAUCAACGUCUAUGCAGUUAAAGAUGGUGACAGUAAAGACAUGAAGGAAAUCAAGGAAAAAGACAUUGAAUCAAAAAUCUGUGACAGGAGUCCAGAGGCCGAGCAGCGCAGACUGACGAGGGAGCAGAAGUAUCUGAAGCUGACAAAGGGCAUGAGCCUGAGUGUUUGCUACGCUGCCAGCAUAGGUGGGACGGCCACCCUCACUGGAACCACACCCAAUGUCAUCAUGAAAGGCCAGAUUGAUGAACUUUUCCCAGGAAAUGGAGGCAUUAUCAACUUUGCUAGCUGGUUUGGCUUCUCAUUCCCCAACAUGAUACUGAUGCUUGCCCUGUCUUGGUUGUGGCUGCAGUUUAUGUUUUUGGGUUUUGACUUGAAAAAAUCUUUUGGAUGUGGCUCACAGAAAGAUGGCGACAGGGAGGCGUACCAGGUAAUCAAAGACGAGUACAAGAAGCUGGGCAGGAUGAACUUCGCUGAGAGCUGUGUGUUGGUCAUCUUCACGUUGCUGGUUCUUCUGUGGUUCACCAGGGAGCCUGGGUUCAUCCCCGGCUGGGCCACUGUGCUCUUCAACAAAGACAAACCGUAUGUCACAGACGGCACCGUGGCCAUAUUGAUGUCUGCACUCUUCUUCUGCAUCCCGUCCAAUUUGCCCAGAUGCUGGGGGAAUUCUGAAGAUGGGGCCCCUGCUGAAGCCCCUUCACCUCUGCUUAACUGGGACAUUGUCCAUGAAAAGAUGCCUUGGAACAUCCUUUUGCUUCUGGGAGGAGGUUUUGCGUUGGCACAUGGAAGUGAAAAAUCUGGACUGUCAGUAUGGCUCGGUGAAAGUCUCAUACCACUGCAGAGCAUCCCUCCUUUUGCCAUCUCCAUCCUGCUGUGUCUGCUGGUGGCCAUGUUCACUGAAUGUUCCAGCAACACUGCCACCACCACGCUCUUUCUGCCAAUACUGGCCUCCAUGGCAACCGCCAUCAAGAUACACCCACUGUACGUCAUGUUUCCCUGCACCAUCGCUGCCUCGCUGGCUUUCAUGCUGCCCGUGGCCACUCCACCCAACGCCAUCGCCUUCUCCUACGGCAACCUUAAAGUCAUAGACAUGGCCAGAGCUGGAUUUAUUCUGAACUUUGUCGGAGUCAUAACCAUCAACAUUGCCAUUAACACAUGGGGUGUGGCCAUGUUCCAGCUGAACACCUUUCCCAGUUGGGCUAAUGUCACCAAAACUCCUUGAAUGUGAACUCAGGAGAUGAACAAUAUCUGCUGACUGAUCAGAUUCGACCACUGGAGGACUGGGCCGGCACCUGACUUAGUAUUUAUAUUCAAAGCUCUGCUCCAGUCAGUACAACCUGAUGUCCAUCGAGGCCUGUCCUCUCUGCAGCCUUCAAUCUCAUAUCCUCCCUCACAUUGUGAUACUCUUCAGAAAUAAGAUGGACAUGCUGACUGGAGACACUGGAGCGCCUCUCACUGAUGUUUGACUGAACUGAGUUCUUUUCGUUUAGACAGAUUUCUUUUGGACUGUCACCUGAGCAGGUUUAAUUCACCUACAAGACAUGACAUUUAAAAACAAGUGUUU